GGCAGCGUUAAAAGGAGGCAGCUGAAUGACAGCGGCCGCUGCCGCGCCCCCGCCCCGCCGAGCGCCGGCCGCCCCCCGCUCGCUCGCUGCUGGCCAUGGACGGGAGAGAGGACGCGGAGUACGACUUCCAGGAGGCGUUCGCCGAAGCCCGGCGGUGGCUGGAGGCAGUUACCAGGCAAAGCUUUGGAACUGGAGACUUUAGAGCAGCUCUAGAAAAUGGAGUCCUGUUGUGCGAUUUGAUUAACAAGAUCAAACCUGGCAUCGUUAAGAAGAUCAAUCGUCUGCCAACUCCAAUAGCUGGCUUGGAUAAUAUAAAUGUUUUUCUGAAAGCGUGCGAAAACAUUGGACUGAAAGAAGCUCAGCUUUUUCACCCAGGAGAUCUUCAGGAUUUGUCCAAUCGAGUUACAGUCAAACCAGAGGAAACCAACAGAAGAGUGAAAAAUGUUUUGAUUACAUUAUACUGGCUUGGGAGAAAAGCUCAAAGUGACCCUGAUUAUAAUGGUCCAUACCUCAAUCUUAAAGCAUUUGAGAAGUUAUUAGGACAAGCACUGAGUAAGGCACUUGAAGAGUCCAGCCAGCUGAGCAGAAGCGGCAGAGACAGUGGGUACGGCGAUAUUUGGUACGUUGACCGGGGAGAGCCUUUCUCAUCUUCAGUUACUCAUAAAAGAGACGAUUCCUUUGAUAGCUUGGACUCUCUUGGUUCAAGAUCCUGCACAAGCUUUUCAUCGGAUAUAACCUUGAAAGGUGGCAGUGAAGGUUGCGACAGUGACACAGACUCAGAACUGCCUUCCAAAAUGCAUGACUCCCAUAAAGAUGACAGGUCUUACCGCAGAAUUUCUGUGAUUGAACCAAAACCUACCACUGACUUCAAUCGUUUCUUACCGAACAAAAACAAGCAGACAGCAUAUGUGCCAGCACCUUUAAGGAAGAAGAGGAUAGAGAAGAAUGAGGACAACAGGAGGAGCUGGGCAAGUCCUGUUUUCACUGAGUCAGAUGGAGCAUUUUCAAGUAACCAGAAGAGGCAGAGGCAGUUGGAUACUAAAGAGGAAAACAAACCAAGAGCUAACAAUCCUUCACAAUUAUCUGGGUAUUUUGAUGAGGACGAGGAAGAAGUAGGCAUCCCAAACAUUGAAAAAGAUGAUCUCUAUUUUCGCAAGCUAAGUUCUUCAGCGCCAAAUACAGUUGUUGCUUUUGACAAAUUUCUUCCUAAGUUUUGGACUCCAGAGGAGGAAUUGCUAUGGAAAAAAAUCAAGAAAUCCUCUUUCAAACCCUGGUAUAAAGAGAUUCAAGGGUUCAGUAGAAAGAGAUCAGAUUCUGAGGAUGAGGAAUUUGCUUACAAACAAAGCUGUACCAUUGUUGCUAAUCAAUCAAGACCAAGUUUUGACUGGAACAGUAGCUGCAGAAGGGAUCAGAAUUAUAAGCCAACUGCUGAAUAUGUGGGAAGCUCAUUGUCACAGAUUGCAGAAGGAAAAAUCUUGGAGUCUCCUGAUCAGCCCAGUCAGUUUUCGUUACUUCAGGCCCUGCAAAAAUACACUGACUACGUGUCUUCUGAAAUGGAGACCAGAAUUGAUCCCACUUCUGGCCCUAGGCUCAUAAAAUGUAGAAAGAAUGUUUCCUUUAUACCAGGAGGCAAGCAAGGAGAUGAGGACAAUGGAUAUCUAUAUCCAGAUUUGGAGAAUGAUGAUUUGUUUGUUCGGAAAACUGGGGCUUUCCAUGUGAAUCAAGUUGUUCUUCAAGACCCCCGUUACUUAAAGAAAUUCUCUGAGCAGGAGCCUCCUCUAGAGGGUGAGAUAAUUCUGCAACCUAGAGAGGGCCAAACUGUGAUUCCAGAUUUGGAAAAGGAUGACAUGAUUUUUCGUAAAGUCCUCUCUCAAAAAAAAGAGGUGCCUUUAUCAGGUGCUCCUGACAAGUAUCACCCAGCACUGUUUCCUGAUCCGUGGAGUCUUCCAGAAGAGAUCCGGUCCAAAUUUCUAUGUUUACUUGAAAAAAAUGCGAUACCAGAGGAAAGGAAGAGCAAUGGCAGAGUUCUGUCACCAUCUUUACACCAUAAGAAAGACGAUAUGCUGACCCGCAAGAUUGAAUCUUGGAAAGUGGGAAGCAAUGUCCAGCCAGUAAAUUUUAUCCCAGGUCCAUGCAGUGAAGAAGACUGGAAGAAGUGGGAAGCAAUCAGGGAGGCCAGCAAAGUUAGACACAAGAAACGACAGAUGGUGGAGAGACUGUUUCAAAAGCUUUCUGAUGAGCAAGGGAGUAAAUCUUUGAAUGAUGUCAGUGCAGAGGAGCUGCAGACGCUGCGCAAAAUCCGUUAUGAAGAACUGCAGAAGAUAAAAGAACAAUUACAAGAGCAAGAUCUAAAGUGGCAAGAAGAUCUAGCAAAAUGGAAGAGUCGUAGAAAGAGUUACACUUCAGAAUUGCAAAAGAAAAAGGAAGAGAGAGAAGAAAUUGAAAGGAGAGCCUCUGAGGUGUCUGGAAGGAGUACCAAGUCACUGAAGGAAAUGCAGCAGGAGAGGCUCUAUUCCCAUAGGGAAGAGAGAGAUCAGGACUCCUAUGAGCAGCAGAAACAGGAACACAACUGGGCGUAUUCACUGAACGAUGAUGUAUUUGGUGAAGAAAAAGCACCUUCCACAGCAGCAAAAGAUUGGUCAGCAGCCAAAGAUUACCGUUUGGAAGAAGACACUUCCUACAGCACUAAGGACAGUAAAAGUGUGUCCGCCAGCCGGCCGCCCAAGGAGAACCUGCCGGAGAGCUCGGCUGCUCGAGAAGCUCCUGCUCCUCCAGAGAGCCUGGAGCGGGAGCAGAGCCCGGCGCUUUCGUCCACUCGUUACUCAGUGAAUGCUCAAACUGGGUCAGCUCAGGUUUCAGCUUCUCUCCCGAGAACUUACCAGAAAACUGAUACCUCCAGGUUAACAUCUGUGGUUACACCAAGACCUUUUGGUGUCCAUUCAAGAGGAAUCUCGUCACUUCCACGGUCGUUCACGAUGGAUGAUGCUCAGAAAUACAAUGGAGAAGUAGAAAAAGCUAAAAGAACUCAAACUUUGUUCACCAGCAUUUCCUUUUCACAACCAGACUCUGCACACCCUGUCUCCACCGGUGCAUUCAGAAGCAGAGGUGAGGAGGAAGAGGAGGAAAAAGGUGUUCAGUCAACACCUCCUCUUAGUUUGGCAUUACCUUUAAAGUCCCAAGACCAAGAUGCUGGAAGUAGUAUUCCUAAGCCAGAGUAUGGCAGUCCUCCUGAUUCUCUUUCACUUGCAUCUUCUGCAGAAACUGCCAGUCUGACAGAGCCUAAGGAUUCAAAAUCCAUGGAGCAGUACAGUGAAAUGAGAAUCAGUAUAAACCAGAGACCUGGCCACAGUCGCAGCUUUGGGUUUACAACAAAUUGGAGUUCUUCAGGAGCCAUUGUACAGACAGUUGAAGAAGGCAGCCCUGCAGCACUUUGUCAGCUGCACGUAGAUGAUGAGAUCAUUGCUGUCAACGGCACAAAGGUUUCACACAUGGACUACAGUCUGUGGGAAGAAGCCAUCAGCAGAGCACUAGAAACUGGAAACCUGGUCAUGGAUGUCAGACGAUAUGGAAAGAAUGAUUGGGGCAAAGACCUGCCUUCCCUGCCACGUGUAAGGCAUAAAAUCCUCAAUCUCACCAGUAUGGGUACCAACAUUAUAGGUACAUCUGAAAAUAAAUGGAUUGAUGCAACUUCGGGAGAAAAAGUUUCAAAUGCUUCCACCACAUCCACAAAAAGAGAUUUCUCCAGCAGCCUUCAAAGCUCUGAUACAGAAACAAAAUUGAUAAAUGGAAUGCAAGGAGACCUUGGCUCUAAUGAACAAAGAGCAUCUGAACCUAUUUCUUUGAAAAACUUAAAAAGGCGGUCACAAUUUUUUGAACAAGGAGGCCCAGAGCCUGCAAUGCCUGAUCUUCCAGUCCCGUCCAUCAGCGCUCCUAGCCGUCGGGUUUGGGAUCAAGAGGAAGAGCGAAAACGACAGGAAAAAUGGCAAAAAGAGCAGGACCGUUUGUUGCAGGAGAAAUACCAACGAGAACAAGAGAAACUGAGGGAAGAAUGGCUACGAGCUAAGCAAGAAGCAGAAAAAGAGAGCUCCAAGUAUUUUGAUGAGGAGAAGACCGUUCUAACCCUAAAUACAACAUCCAUCACUUCUCAGGCUUCACCUGUGUCCAGCUGGAGAGCAAGCCCUGAAGCAAAUGCUCCCGAGGAGCCAGAACGAGAUGGAGAAAACGAGCUGGCAGCAAGCUCGCUGCAUGAGGAAGAGGGAAGGAGGAGGCUUCAGGAGGAACGGAGGAUCCAGGAAGAAGCAACCAGGCAUUUUGAGCAAGAGCAGGAGCUCCAAGAGCUGGAGCUGGAGAGACAACGUAAAGAGAGGGAGAAGCAGCACGCUGAGGAGCAGAGGCGGCAGGCAGAGAUGGAGGAGCAGAGGCGGCAGGCAGAGAUGGAGGAGCAGAGGCGGCAGGCAGAAAAGCAGAGGGAGGUGUCAGUGGAGGUGCCUCAGUACCAAAGACAUUACGAGCGCUAUGAAGUAUCUAAAACAAUAGAGGAACGAGCUGGCCAUCCUCUCAUUGAUAGGCAUUAUGAGCGUUACGAAGUUUCUAAAACCAUUGAGGAGCAGCCUGGCCAGUCAUUUGUUGACAGGAAUAAGUCAAAGUCAACAACAGAACUGAAUGAAUUCAACACAAUCAGAAAUGGUACCCAGAGCAAGUAUUCGGAGAGGUCCUGGAACAUGGGUGAGUCACAGAAGAAGUCUCAGAAGGAGCAAAACCUGUCUGCAGCAGAGUUGGAGAGACAGCAAAUCCUUCAGGAAAUGAGAAAGAAAACAUCUCUACACACGGACAGCAGCUGGAUUAGGCAGCGCAGUGCCAGUAUACAUAAGGAACCCGUUAGUCUGUACAGCAGUAGUAUGAGGAGAGGGGAGUCUUUGGACAAUCUUGAUUCUUCAGGAAUUAGGUCAUGGAGGCACCACUCAUGGCUGAACCAGUCUGCAUCCUCUUCAUCUCUAUCUUCUAGUCAAGAUUUUAGUCGCCCGGUGUCCACUUCAAACCGAGCCUACAUGUGCACUCCUUCCUCCAGCAAAGCACCUCCUGUGGCCACCUCUGCAAGAGCCCCCUCCACAUCACAGACAGCUCCCAGGGCUCAGUCUCCCCUCUCUGCUUCCCAGUCAGGGUCCCAGACACGCAGCAGGUCAGUCAGUGGGAAGAAAAUCUGUUCAUACUGUAAUAACAUUCUGGGCAAAGGAGCAGCCAUGAUCAUUGAGUCUCUUGGUCUUUGUUAUCAUUUACAUUGCUUUAAGUGUGUUGCCUGUGGAUGCGACCUUGGUGGAUCCCGCUCUGGAGCUGAAGUCAGGAUCCGAAACAACAAACUCUUCUGCAACGACUGCUAUAUCAGAUUUAAAAGUACAAGUUCAGGAGGAAUUGAUUUAUUUACAGAUCUUAAUUAAAAGCUGGACAACCAACCUCCAUGUGAAGCAAAUGAAGAUAUGAAACCACUGUUGCAGAUACAAGAAGAGGUGAUUGCUGCUGAUGUAGAUCUAUAAAUAUAUAUAUUGUGUGUGUGGUUUUUUUCUAAGAGUAACUCUUGCUUGUCUAGUCUUCAUAGCAAUACCUUGUAUUCUUCAUGUAACUAUUUUUAUUUAUAAGAAAGUAAUUGCAGUAAGAAAAUAGCUGAGAAAAAUGCUUUCACAUUUUCAGCUUCAAGUACUGAGAGCACAAGAGAGAAUAAGUAUAUUUUCAGUAAUAACUUCAAAAUAUUUUUGAGGCUUAUAAUCAACUAGUUGACUUUCCAAUGGUAUAUGAAGAGGGUAUUUUGUUUCUAAGCUCUUGAAAUGAGCAUUAGAGAAAUAGCUAAUAUAAAUAUAUAUUUGCAAUUGCUGUCUUUAUUUUUGACAUAUACUGAAAGUGAAUUCUCUAGGUUAAUAUGAAGCUGCAUUUAAAUGCACACAAAUGUGUUUGCUUUCUAUAUGCUGGUUUCUAAAAUUAUGUGCUUUUUUGAAACCUAAAUACAAAGAAUAAUCUCAGAAUUUGCUCAGUGGUGUUGGCAUAAUAUUCUGUGGAAUCCAUUUAAGAGAGAGCAUUUUCUUUUCCUGUUUGGAAAUGUAACUAUCACUCUUUCCUCUGCAAAUUGAGUGGAGAACGGUUGUUGAAUUACCAUAUAUUUGUAAAUAAAAAAUCGGAUGUUGCAUUUA